AUGGAUCCAGGGAACAUCACCAGAAGAGUAAAAGAAUUUCACCUUGUUGGUUUCACAGCAAACCGUCCUCUGCAAUAUGUACUCUUCAUAGUGUUCCUCACAGUAUGUGUCACCACUUGGCUUGGCAACCUUACAAUAAUCACUGCAGUGAUCACUGAUCAACGGCUUCGGUCCCCAAUGUACUUUCUGCUGGGAAAUUUGGCCAUUGUAGACCUCAGUGAGUCUUCAGUCACUGUGCCAAAGAUGCUGUGGGACCUCACUUUACAGCACAAGGUUAUUUCUUUUGGUGGGUGCAUAGCACAGAUGUUCUUCUUUCACUUUACUGGGGGUGCUGUGGUUUUUCUUCUCAUAGUGAUGGCAUUGGACCGGUAUGUGGCUAUCCAUAAACCACUUCAGUAUUUCACUAUAAUGAACCAUGAGAUGUGUGUAGGACUUGCGGCAGGAGCAUGGCUGGGUGGUUUUGUUCACUCUAUUGUCCAGACAGCUCUAAUGGUGAGAUUGCCAUUCUGUGGACCCAACGUUUUGGACAACUACUACUGUGAUGCACCUCAAGUGAUCAAGCUAGCCUGUACCAACACAUUUCUUAUAGAGCUGCUAAUGUUCUCUAACAAUGGGCUUCUCACCAUUAUUAUUUUCAUUGUCCUUGUCUUGUCGUAUACCAUCAUCUUGGUCAAAAUAAGAAUACAUGUCACAGAAGGGAAGAUGAAAGCUCUUUCUACUUGUGGUGCUCAGAUAACCGUAGUAUGCAUCCAUCUUCUACCUGCCAUCUUCAUCUAUUCUCGGCCUUUCCAGAAAUUUUCAGGGGAUAAGGCGCUUUCUGCUCUCUACACGGUUAUCACACCUAUGCUGAAUCCGCUGAUUUAUACACUAAGAAACAGUGAGAUGAAGAAUGCCAUUAGGAGAUUAAUAAAAAGAAAGGUAUUUUUAGUGAGAGAGUAA